CCCAGUACCUAGGGGUCAAUCCUAAUCAACUCACUUGCCAAAAACACUUCACUGGUUCCUCUCGGCAAACACCGAAACAUUCGCUUUUCUCCCUGCUUUCGAUCUCUUCGCUGUAGCGAUCCAGCUCAGUAGGAGCAUUCACUGCUUAGAGGAAACCAUGGAGCCUUCAUCAAAAGAGAGGAAAAUAGUUACUGUUGAAGUUCCAGAGAAAGCAUUGUUUGAAAUAUUGGUAAGAUCACCAAUAAAAUCUGUUCUUCGAAACAAGCUUGUCUCUAAAGGAGUAGCUAGUAUCAUAACAUCUACCGACUUUAUUGAGUCACAUAUGGAAAGAAGUGGUCGAUCCUAUGAACUUGUUACCUUCGCCAAUGAUUCUAAAAAAUAUGGAUAUGCAUCGGUUCUGUUGUCUGAGGAGGAUCCUGAUCGAUCAGAAUCUGUAGAUCUACUCAAUUUUGAGUUCCUCUCUACUUGCAGGGGAUUAGUGCUUUUGGUGGAUAACAGAUCAGCUGUUAAACAACAGCUUUAUGUUUCCAACCCCGCUAUCAAGAAAACAGUAGCACUGCCAAUAAUAAACGAAUCAUUCUAUAUUUUUACGGCUGGGUUAGGAUUUAAUGCUGCGGAAAAAACUUACAAAGUCCUUGUUCUUUCUACAAACAAGCGUAAUAAGAUGUAUAUAUGUAGGUUUAGACCUUCUAACAUUGAUGAGCCAAUUGAAUGGGAAGAUGUGAGCAGUCUGGCUCCAUCUAGUUAUGCAAGAAAAAAGAAUGUGUUCAUGAAAGGGGCGAUACACUGGGUUGCCUAUAAAAAGGAAGAUGAAACCCAUCAGAGAAAUAGUGUUCUGUUUUAUAAUGUAAAGACAGAGGAUUUUUCAGAAAUGAAUUUUCCUUCCAGCAUAGAAGUUACUGUCGCUUCAAAUUACUUGUCCGGUGGGGAGGAAUUUAAAGUGGAUAUUUCUACAACUGAUCAGUCCAUUCAGUUGGUGGUUGGUUCCUUUCUUCAUGACACUGGGUUCGAUAUUUGGAUUAUGAACAAAUAUGGGAAUCCAAUCUCUUGGAGCAAGAGAUCCCAUAUUUCACCUUUUACCAUACCGCGUAACACUGACUACAGAUUGUAUGAGUGCCUACCUGAACAAACUUGGAUGGAUCGGUUGUCUAACAGACAGAUUGAUUUUGAUGAUAAAUUGGAUGAGCCCCUUGGGAUAAGAAACGGGGAAGCUGUUUGGUGGAAAACAAAAAAAGGGUUUUUGGCCUUACAUGAUGCUGCAACAAGGAACAUCAGGUAUGCCCCCAAUAUUAGGCACACUCAAGUAGAAGGGUUACAACUCUUUCCAGAUCCCAUGUUUGUUGCUAAGUACAAGGAGUCCCUUGUGUUGCUACCGGAGGUCCAUUUCCAAAUUUCUACCAACCCUCUCUCUAGACCGCUUCCUCCGCUGUUGGAUGGCCUCCCUACAGCAGCUGUGCAGAAGGAGAUUAGUGUGCUGAACCAACACAAUGAGAAACUAGUUGGUGUGUUGCAUGAUACUAGAUCUAGGGAGAUUGUUGUCUUGUGCCAUGGAUUCAAAUCCUCGAAGGACUUCAACAUUUUGGUGAAUCUUGCUUCUGCUAUGGAAAAAGAAAGUAUCAGUGCAUUUCGCUUUAAUUUUCCUGGAAAUGGUGAAAGCGAAGGUUUGUUUCAGUAUGGUAACUAUUGUAGAGAGGUGGAUGACUUGCACUCCGUGGUUAAAUAUUUCAAUGGAGAAGGCCGCAAAGUAACAGCGAUCCUUGGACAUAGGGAAGGAGGGAAUGUUGUGCUUCUAUAUGCUUCUAUGCAUCAUGAUGUUCAGACAGUCAUCAAUCUGUCUGGCUGUUAUAAUCUAAAGGAAGGCAUUGCAGAGCACUUGGGAAAGGACUUCGAGGCAGCAAUCAAGAAAUAUGGCUACAUUGAUGUUAAAAACGUAGCAGGGAACUCUGAUUACCGUGUUACGGAGAAAAGUUUAAUGGAUCUACUUGCUACAAACAUGGAUGAAGCAUACGUUCAAAUUGACAAAAAUUGCAGGGUAUUGACAGUUCAUGGGUCUGCUGACACUAUUUCAUCCGAAGAUGCUCUCGAAUUCAACAAGAAGAUUUCAAACCACAAGUCACAUAUCAUUCAAGGAGCCACUCAUUGCUAUAUGUUAAUGUCACACCAAGACGAGUUAACGACUGCCGUCUUGUCAUUCAUAAAGGAAGAUCAGCUGCAGAAUUAGUAUACCAGGCCGUUACUUGGGAUGCCACCCUCAUUUUGAAAUUCUGGCUUUACAUAACUUGUUGAGCUGGCUGUUACAAUCUAAUUCAUUUUGAACUUCUGGCUCUGACAGCUGGUUGUUACAGUCUAACUUGUCCAAUUCAAACUAUCGGUAAUUCAUAGAAUUACUAGGCAGAUUUACAUCUAACAGGUUUAAUUCAUUGUCAUAUCCUCAACUCCCAAUCGAGUACCACUUUCUUAGAUUCAGCAGUUUGACACAUAGCUUCUUAUGUAAUCAAUUGUAAGUUUGAUGCUUUUGAGGAUAUCCAUUUGUGAGCAAAGUAGGGUUGAUUUUUGGAAAUAUGAA